GUACUCCACCGAACCCGGCUGAUUAAUGGCGGUGUCGAGUUGAAGCAGCAAAGAGUGUUGUUUGGUUUUGUUCGAUAUCGGGUGGCUUGUUGUGUGCUUUUAUUUCCUGACUAAUUGCCUUCGAAUUAAUCGCCAGACGCGUCAUUUCGUUGCUAUCGGUUCGUAUAUCAUGGAGAAUCCGGAAGAAGUCCUACAACUUCUGGAACGUUUCACCAAGUUGAAGCAGAAGGAGAUUCCGCGGGAACUGGACGACUACCUGAGCUUUGUGGCCCGCACCGGUGACACGGUUUACCGCUGGGCUGUCGUGAAGCAUCUUUUCCGCGAGAAGCUGCUACAUGUGAUCACGGAUUUCCAUGAUAAUACGCCGCGCCUUGCGGGUUUGCCACAAUGUCCGAACGUUGACCCUUUCAACUACCAUCGUAUGAGACAAACGCUGGUGGAUCGAUUGGACGCCUUCAACUCGGCUCCGUUUACGGUGCAGCGAAUCUGUGAAUUGCUAACGGAGCCACGCAAACAGUACACACGCAUUGAUAAGUUUAUGAGAGCGGUCGAGAAGAAUAUACUUGUAGUUAGUACGCAGGAACCUGGCCGCAGACGCUACGAUAGCGAAAAUGGUGACUCACUGGACUCUACCGUAAAUGGUGACGAUGUGUGCGUGGAUAUCGAGAUGGACAAUGAGGCAUUUGGUAUUGACUCGGGUGAAAUGGUGGCCAAUUCUACUUCGUCCUCUGCUUCGACGUCAUCGUCGCCGGCAUCGGCAUCCUCUUCGUCGUCGUCUUCACCGCCAUCAUCCACCAUCACGACGACAGCAACAACUGCUACGACUCCGACGACGGUGGUAGCAACAGCAGCAGUGAAAGAUGACGAAUCUACGGAUGAAGUCACUCUUACUGCAGUAAUCGAGACCCAAAAAGAGGAUAAAACUGAAGCAGAGAAUGUUUCGGAUGCGUCGGUCGCUCUCGCGAAUAGUGAAGACUCUCUAGCUGAUCAUCCAUCCAGUGAUGUCCCGGAUACCGAAGAGACAAUCGGUGAAAAAUCUGUUCCGAAAGAGCAAAACCCUGCUGCAGUUCAAAAUGACCCUGAAGAGAAGAGUAAGGAUGCAACACAAUUACAGGAAGGAAAAACCGAUGACGAACCUAAAAUUGAUGCAGUUGAUGCAAUUGCGCCACCAACCGAAGCGAAACCCGAAUCGGCUGAACUGAUAUUAAAGGAACCGACUGCUGAGGUUCCAUCGACCGUAGAAUCUCGCUCUCCGGAUGACAACCUUGGUGAGCAAUCCACAACUAUUAGUAGCACCCCAGAUGACCCAAUUGACGAUGGACAGCCCCUAGCGAAACAAGCGAAACUUUCGGUGGAAAAUCUCCCGUCACAAAAGACGACAGUUGCCCCUGAAGAAACUACGGAACCAAAGGACGAUCUCAAUGCUGACUCUUCCGAAUCAUUGGAAAGUGAUGCUUGUAGUAUUAACUUGGACUUAUCGCCUAUGCCUAGUGCACAGAAUUUAACCAGUAAUUUGACUGAAAGUUUGGAGACGGUCGUCCAUCUUGCCGAAAUUGUUCAAACAGAAGAACCCCAGGAAGCAAUCGUGGAGGUCGUACCAAAUGACCCAGAACCGGUCAUGACUGAAAGUGAACUCGAAACGGAGGCAGUCGUUCCCAUCCCCGAAGUCACUCUCGACGAGAACCCUACGCAGGCCAUCGAGCUGCCAACGGAAGCCUCCAUUAUAACCUCAGAUGAAACAAUUCCCAAACCAGCAGUGGACGAACAGCAGCAAUCGACGGUUACCCUAUCGGCAGCUUCUGAUGAAAUGGAGACAGCAGUUUUUGCUCCACUGAUGGCCGCAGAAAAUGUAAUGGCAACUGAUGAAGAGGAAACAUCCAAUUCAAAUGCAACCGCCAGUGAUGCGGUAGUUCCCAUGGCUGCGGACGUAGUUUCUGAUGCGUUGACCAAGUCCGACGACAACGCCAUGGAUGUAGAUGAGUCCAGCGUAGAACCGAUGGACCAAUAAACUCAUGUUAUGAAGCUUUAGGCACAAACAAAACAACACAAACACACAGAGAGAAACAGACCUAGAAACCCUGUCCUAUCCCCUUCUUCUCUUUCUUCAGUAAAUGUUAGACACUACUUUGUUCCAAUCCAUGCAAGGCUGCAGCUAACCAUUAUAAGUUUUUAACCUGCUGUAAUUAUUUUACUAAAAAUACGUGUUUAGGUGUAACAAAUAAAAGCCAAUUCGUGCGAUAUAUCGUAGACUAGUGUCACCCUCA